AUGUUGUGUGUAGUGUUUUUGUUAUACGGUGUUAGUAUCUUACGGGAUCAAGUUUUCGCGCAAAGUGACACUAUAAUUUUCGAUAACGGUUCAACCACUAAGGCGCCAAGUACUAAUGGUGGCAUGACGUGCUCUUGCGUGUCAACGAAUAACUGUCCAUACAUUAAUACCGGUAUUGACAUUCGAAUCGUUAAUAUAGUUUCUAAUUGUUCCAUUGGACAAGUGUAUUGCUGUAUGCCAUCCUCUGGAAAUUUGAUCGACACAACUUGUGGUAUUAGAAAAAUUUCUGUAACUGCACAUCCUCAAGGUCAAGCCAGUUAUGGAGCAUAUCCUUGGCAAGCUGCGAUUUUGACCACAAGCAAUGCUUACAUAGGGUCUGGUGUCCUGAUUACACCAAAUCAUGUACUCACUGUUGCUCAUAAAGUAGCCUCUCACAUGAAUAGUGAACUCAAAGUAAGACUAGGAGAAUGGGAUGGCCAAUCUACAAAUGAACCCAAUCCAUAUAAAGAAUAUUUAGUUCAGAAGGUUGCUAUGCAUCCAAACUUCAACUCUGUUCAACUUGAGAAUGAUGUAGCUGUAUUAACUUUGAGUGGUACUGUGUCUAUUUCAAGUAGCCCAAAUAUUAAUACUGCAUGCUUUCCUUCAGCAAUACCUGCAACUGGUACCAGGUGUUGGGUAUCAGGCUGGGGAAAGGAUGCAUUUGGCAUGAAUGGAAAAUAUCAAAGUAUAAUGAAAGAAGUGGAUGUACCCAUUGUAAGCCAAACAGCUUGUGAGGCCUCUCUUCGACAAACUAGACUUGGGCAGUACUUUAAUCUAAAUAAAAACAGUUUUGUAUGUGCAGGAGGAGAACAUGGGAAAGAUGCAUGCACAGGUGAUGGUGGUUCACCAAUGGUAUGCCAAUCUGGAAAUGGGCAAUGGCAAGUUAUUGGUAUGGUAGCAUGGGGUAUUGGUUGUGCAACAAAUAAUGUUCCAGGUGUCUAUGUGAAUGUAUACAAUUAUAUUUCUUGGAUUACAGAACAAAUAGGUCAAAUUAUAUAA